GGAGCGCGUGAACACCGCCCUCUCACCGAACGACCAACGAACGACAAACUCCCGGCAGCCAUGAAGCGGGUCUACCCAGAGAAUCCGUACCCACCGACAGCGACGACCAGCGCGGCGGCACUCUCGCGGCAAGCUGUUAGCUCUCGCGCGUACCCUACGAAUCGCAGUUCUUCGCCACCAGCUUCAACGUACUUCACGCCUUAUGACGGCACACAUCAUGGAGAACCACAACCUUCGACGCCCGACGCGAACGCGCACUUUGCCUACAGUACGACAUUGCGAAGACACCGCCCAGAUGGACCCGGCCUGCCCACACCAAACAGUGCGACGGGAUUUUCCAAGUUCGAGGAGCUGCGUACGGUCGUCGAGAUGGAGGGGCCGUCGGGACUCUGGCAACGGACAGUAGGGAUAGCGAAGGGGUGGUUCUCGAAGGACGAGGACUACGAGAAGUUGGCUACACCGCUGAAUGCAGACCACCGGGAGACACCCUCUGCUAUCUUUGCUCACCGCACGGUGGAGGACACGCUCGCACGCCUUCGUGUCUCGCCGUCCAGUGGGCUCUCGUCUGCAAGCAUAGCCGGAUUGCUGGAGAGACACGGGUACAACGAGUUCUCGGUGUCCACCCCAGAGCCAUUGCUCAUCAAGUUUGCGAAGACGAUAUACGAGAACCCGCUCAUCAUCCUUCUAUGCGGCAGCGCAACAGUGAGUGUAAUCAUGGGCAACCUAGACGACGCGAUGAGUAUCACCAUAGCAGUGCUCAUCGUCCUCACUGUCGGCUUCGUUCAAGAACAGCGGUCAGAAAAGAGUCUCGAGGCCUUGAACAAACUUGUCCCCCACCAUUGCCAUCUCAUUCGUGAUGGCCAGCAACUACAUGUUUUGGCCAAUGAGCUUGUACCCGGUGACAUAGUAACCUUUACCACUGGCGACCGCAUUCCCGCCGACUUGCGUCUCGUCACCGCCUCAGACCUCGAAAUCGACGAGAGCAGCCUGACCGGCGAGACGAAUGCGCGGCGGAAAGACACCGAGCCGUGCCAGACGACGGGGUACGGACCCGCCGCGGUCGCGGAGCGCACCUGCAUCGCAUACAUGGGCACGCUGGUUCGGAGCGGGCGGGGCAGCGGCGUCGUGAUUGGCACAGGGACGCAGACGGAGUUCGGGGUCAUCUUUUCUAUGAUGCAGGAGGUGGAGGAGAAGCGAACGCCGCUGCAGCUGAGCAUGGACGAGCUCGCGAAGAAGUUGUCCAUCAUCUCGUUCGGGGUCAUUGGCGUCAUCGUCAUUAUCGGCGUGCUGCAGCAGCGGUCGUGGUUGGACAUGUUCACCAUCGGAGUGUCCCUCGCGGUUGCGGCUAUACCGGAGGGGCUGCCCAUCGUCACGACAGUCACGCUUGCGCUAGGUGUCGUGCGCAUGUCGAAACGCAAGGCGAUUGUUAAGAAGCUGCACUCAGUCGAAGGACUCGGCAGUGUUUCGGUCAUAUGCUCUGACAAGACAGGGACACUGACAAGGAACGAGCAAACUGUCAUGGAGAUAUACGCUGUUGAUGAGGCUGUGCGUAGCGACACGUCUAGUCCUGUCCCGCCCCCGCAUCACAUCUCGCCCGCCAUCCGGAAGGCUCUGAUCGUCGGCGGCCUCUGCAACGAUGCAAUCAGGAAGGAGGAUGGCACCCACGUAGGUCACUCCACAGAUGUCGCCCUGCAGACUGUACUCUCCGUCUUCGGUAUGCCGGACCCGCGGCAGGAAUUCACGCGUCGCUCCGAGGUUCCAUUCAGCUCGGACCGGAAAUACAUGUCUGUCAGCGGCGUGCAUAGCGCAGCCUCUACCGUGAUGAACGGCUCGGCGGUCAAGGACGGCGGUCGGGAGGUGUACUACAUGAAAGGCUCGAUCGACGCCGUCCUCGAACGCUGCAGGUUCUACCACGUCUCGGACGAGUCCACCCCGGCUCUCGACGCGAACACAAGGAGCGUCAUCCUCUCCAAGGCGCAGACGACCGCUGCGCGUGGCCUGCGCGUCAUCGCCAUCGCAUACGGCUUCAGCCCCGUCGAGCCGAGUUCGGGCCCCAGCACUCGUUCGUCCACGCCCAUCCAGUUCGCCUCGGAGAAAGAGAAGGACAAGUCGAAGAGCAACCUCGUCUUCGUGGGCUUCCAGGCGAUGCUGGACCCCCCGCGGAAGGGCGUCGCAGACGCGAUCGGGCUGCUGCAGACAGCGGGCAUCCAGGUCGUGAUGAUCACGGGCGAUGCGGAGGAGACGGCGCUGUCGAUCGCGCGCACGCUCGGUUUGCGCGUCGGUGCACGGGACAAGGCGGCGUGUCUGACGGGCCAGGCGAUCGACGGGAUGAGCAAGACGCAGUUGAUGGAACGCGUGGGGAAUGUGAGCGUCUUUGCGAGGACGACGCCGAAGCAUAAGAUGGCUAUCGUGGAGGCGUACCAGGCGAGGGGCGCUGUCGUAGCUAUGACGGGUGACGGAGUCAAUGAUGCACCUGCUCUGAAAAUGGCCGACAUUGGUGUCUCUAUGGGGCUCAGCGGUACGGACGUGGCAAAGGAAGCUGCGGAUGUUAUCCUUGUAGAUGAUAACUUCAGCACUAUACUGCCUGCAGUCGAAGAGGGCAAAUCUAUCUUCUACAACAUUCAGAACUUCCUGUCGUUCCAGUUGAGUACGGCCGUAGCGGCACUGAGUCUCAUUACCAUGAGCACGUUCUUCGGCCUCAGCAAUCCUCUAAAUGCCAUGCAGAUCCUUUUCAUUAACAUUCUCAUGGACGGUCCCCCCAGUCAAUCGCUAGGCGUAGAUCCCGUAGACCAAGAAGUCAUGCGGAGACCACCGCGCAAGAAGGAUGCUCCUAUCAUCUCCAAGCAACUGUCCUACCGAAUACUGUUCUCUGCAGCAAUGAUCGUGAUUGGCACGAUGUACAUCUACCUCUACGCCCUAUCGGACGACAACAUGUCAAGACGAGAACAAACCAUGACAUUCACAUGCUUUGUGUUCCUGGACCUCGUGUCUGCGCUGCAGAACCGGGGCCUCGGGUGCGGCAUCACACAAAACAGCAUGCUCAUAACGACUGUAUCUAUAUCGUUCCUUGUGCAGUUGACCCUCAUAUACGUAUCCGUCAUGCAGAGCAUCUUCCAAACGGAAGCGCUGAGCACGGGAGACAUCUCGCGACUGCUCUUCAUAGCGGGCUUGUCGUUCGCGCUGCACGAAGGCCGGCGGCGUUACGAACGCUCGUUAGUUGCGGACCAGACAUAUACGGCCGUCACGGAAGAGCUAGCGUAGCAUUCCACUCCAGGGUAUUCCUCGGGCUCAUUCAUGUACUGGUAUUUAUAUAUAUUACUUGCAUUGCUCACGCUUGCAUUGCUCAUGGCUGUAUAAUCCAAUGUUGCGCAACGUCGACCUAUCGCACUCCGCUCACCGACAACUCAAGGCUUGCAGGUUUCAUCAUUCACAUGCAUCACACGGUGGGAUUCCUUUCUUUCGCAGUGUAUCUCUGAUACUACUACAGAUGACAUUGCCACAGCAAGCCAUACAAUCAGAACACUGGCGUCGGCAGCAUC